ACUUACCAAAUAAUCAGUCUUCAAACAAAUUAACCAUUCGGUCAUAGAACCAAAGUUAGAAAUGGACAAUACACCUGCAAAGCUCGUAUUCAUCCCAAACCCUGCACAUGGUCAUAUCAUGUCAACAGUCCAGAUUGCGAAACUACUAGUAGACCGAGAUCAGCACCUCUCCAUAACCGUUCUUGUCAUCAAAUUUCCUAGCUUCGGUUCUCACACGCCUACCACAACCUACAUCGACUCAUUAGCCAAGAAUAAUACCACGAGUCGCAUAUCUUUUAUUGAACUCCCUCAAAACGAAUUCCCACCACUUGAUGACUCGAAAUCAAGCUAUUCUUUCUUUGGUGAUUUCAUUGACAGCCACUGUAACUAUGUGAGAAACGUUGUGGCUGACAUUGUAACUCAACCGGGUUCCGGUCGCCUAGCUGGGUUUGUCAUAGACAUGUUUUUCACGAGCAUGAUAGAUAUAGCUAACGAGUUUAAUGUUCCUAGCUAUGUUUUCUAUACUACUAAUGCUUCUUUUCUAGGAUUUAUGUUCUAUAUACAAUUACUUGAUCAGAGUCAAAAUGUUGUUGAGUUGAGUAACUCAAAUACUGAGGUAUCGGUUCCAAGUUAUGCGAAGCCGGUGCCCACCAGAGUCUUUUGGGAUAUUGUCCAAACUAGAGAAGGAAUGGACUAUAUUCUGACCAUUAUUCGGAAACUUAGAGAGGUCAAAGGAAUCAUGGUUAAUACGUUUUUGGAACUGGAAACACAUGCAUUCAAGUCAUUGGCUGAUGACAUCAGCACCCCACCAGUGUAUCCGGUGGGACCUAUACUCAACCUAGAAAGUGUUGCAAAACAACCGUCGGAUGAUGACAUCAUCCGAUGGUUGGACAGUCAACCCCCUUCUUCAGUUGUGUUUCUGUGUUUUGGAAGCAUGGGAAGUUUUGAUGAAAUUCAAGUGAAGGAGAUAGCACGUGCUUUAGAGCAGAGUGGACACCGUUUUGUGUGGUGCCUACGUCAACCUCCUUCAGACCAAAUAUCAAAACUCCCAGGUAAUUAUGAGGAUCCUGGAACGGUAUUGCCCAAAGGGUUUCUAGAACGAACACAUGGAAUAGGGAAAGUGAUGGGAUGGGCCCCACAAGUGGAGGUGUUGGCUCACAUUGCAGUUGGAGGUUUCGUGUCCCACUGUGGAUGGAAUUCAUUAUUGGAGAGUUUGUGGUUCGGCGUACCAAUAGCAACAUGGCCUGUAUACGCCGAACAACAGAUGAAUGCGUUUAAAAUGGUGGUGGAGAUGGGUUUGGCGGUGGACAUCAAGUUGGAUUACAGAAAGGAUGUGUUAAAUGUUAAGGCUAAUACAGUCACUGUCACUGCAGAGGAGAUAGAAAGCGGUAUAAGACGUGUAAUGGAGGACACUGAGGUUAGAACUAAAGUGAAAGACAUGAGUGACAAAAGUAGGAGGGUAUUGGCGGAGGGCGGUUCGUCUUAUGCAUCUGUUGGCCGUUUCAUUCAAGAUGUGAGAGGAAACAUCUCCUCGUUUUAACUUUUGUUUAUUUAAGACUAAUAAGUGUUGUGUUACACGUGAAAACCAAAAUUUGUAAGGUGUUGUUUUGUACACGUUUGUUGUCAAAGUAUUCUCGUUAUUGACACGGGUUGGAUGUCUAUCACACUCUUUCCACAUUAAUGUCAUCGAAGGAAAUGUAAUCCUCUUCCAAUGAA